UAUGCAGCUAAAGGUAUGAGGGCGUAUACAUUGGCAGCUGCAGAACGAAUGAAAGAGAUGCAAAGACUUGAUGCCAAGGAGCACAGAGGAAAGACUCCUCUGCUGGUGGCUGUCACUGCCAGGCAGCCAGCUAUUGUCUACGAUUUGAUCCAGAUGGGAGCAGAUGUUAACGCUGUAGACUACAAAGGGCAAUCAGCUUUACAUCUCGCUGCAACGUAUGGAUUUGCUCAGGUUCUCCAGGUUAUACUGUCACUAGGUUUCCCUCUUGAUUUAGAAAUGAAGGAUUUUGAAGGUCAUACCCCACUGCACUGUGCCGUCCUGGCCCAUAACGCGCUGCUGCGGGAGCAGCGGGCUCAGGCCUCCAUGGUGGAGCAGCGGCAGAAGAAUUUUCAGCACCAGAGCGAAGAGCUGGAGUCCUGCAUCCACCUCCUGGUCCAGACAGGAGCCUCCGUCUACAGCCGGGAUGUGAAAAGCAACAAGACAGUUCUUCACUAUACAGUCCAAGAUGGGAACAUCUCUCUGCUCAGAUACUUCUUGGAGCUGAACCCCUUCAAGUCCAAGGAUUUUGUCAACAGCAAGGCUCAUGGCAAUACAGCUUUGCAUAUGGCAGCUGCAUUGCAACAUGACAAGAACCAGAAAGAAAUCAUCCAGUUGCUCCUUGACCACGGGGCUGAUCCAAGCAUCCGAAACUUAGACAACGAUCAGCCAAUCCACAUGACUCCUUCUGGGAAGGCUGGGGACCAGAUAAGGCAUUUGCUGAAGAAAGGGAGAGUUGCAUCUGCAUUUGUCUCCUGUCGCCGCAAUGCCAGAUCCUAG